AUGGAAUCCAUCGAGCUUAGAUUGCUACUACUUUGUGCUUUUGUUGCAAUGUUUCCAACAAUCAUGAGGGCUCACAUUGCUGAUUUUGAUGAGGUGUGGCAGGAGCGAGCUGAAGAAGCCAGAAAGGCAGCCCUCAAGGCCUAUCAGCCAAAUACUCAGGAAGUCCUUGAUCAUUUCAACCACCAUGUCCACAAAGCCUUGAAUGGAACCGAUAGCACAAGAAGAAACUUGGGCAAAUAUAAAGGGCCAUGUUUGGCUACAAACCCAAUUGAUCGGUGCUGGAGAUGCCAAAAUGAUUGGGCUAAACACCGUAAGAGGCUAGCUGAUUGUGUCCUAGGCUUUGGGCGUAAGACAACAGGAGGCAAGCAUGGGAAAAUCUAUGUGGUGAGGGAUUCAUCCGACGAUCACCUAGUGAAACCUAAACGAGGAACCCUACGCCAUGCAGUGAUCCAGCCUGAGCCACUAUGGAUCAUAUUUGCUCACGACAUGAGGAUUAGGCUAAGCGAAGAGCUAAUAAUGACCAGCAACAAGACUAUAGAUGGGCGUGGUGCUAAUGUACACAUUUGCGAUGGUGCUCAAAUUACACUUCAAUAUGUGGACAAUGUCAUCAUCCAUAACCUCCACAUCCAUGACAUUAAGUCAGGCAAUGGUGGCUUAAUUAGGGACUCAGUGAAUCAUUACGGCCAACGUUCGAGGAGUGAUGGUGAUGGGAUCUCAAUUUUUGGAGCCACAAAUCUUUGGAUUGAUCAUAUUUCCAUGUCAAAUUGUGACGACGGAAUCAUUGAUGCCAUUCAAGGAUCCACAGCCAUUACCAUCUCCAAUUGCUUCUUCACCAGACAUAACGAGGUGAUGCUUUUUGGUGCAAGUGAUAGCUUCUCUGGUGACGAAAUCAUGCAAAUAACUCUUGCUUUCAAUCACUUCGGUAACGGGUUAGUGCAAAGGAUGCCAAGGUGCCGAUAUGGGUUUGCGCAUGUUGUCAACAACGACUACAAUCACUGGCUCAUGUAUGCUAUUGGUGGUAGCCAACAUCCUACCAUUAUUAGCCAGGGUAAUCGGUUUAUUGCUCCUUCAAAGGCAGGUUGUAAAGAGGUGACGAAAAGAGACUAUGCACCUGAGAGUGUGUGGAGAUCAUGGAAUUGGAGAUCAGAAGGUGAUUUGAUGGAGAACGGAGCCUUCUUUGUCGAAUCUGGAAGCCCAGUUAAAACGGAGCACAAGCACGAUGUGAUCAGUGCAAAGCCAGGGCAUUUUGUAAGAAGGUUGACUCGCUUUGCAGGUUUUCUUAAGUGCAUCAAAAAUAAGCCUUGUUGA